GGAGGAACUUUCUACCCUGGUGCCCACGCAGGAAGAGACUGAACAGAUUCACAACAACUGCAGGCAACAUAUUUGUUAAGGAGAUUCUGUCCAUCGACCUACAGAGAAACAUGGCGUCCAUGCUGACUGAAGAGCAGUUCUGGUGCAGCAUCUGUCUGGAUAUCUUCAAGAACCCUACCUCCAUCCCAUGUGGGCACAAUUUCUGCCUGGAGUGCAUCAAACGCUUCUGGGACACGAGACAUCAUUCGCAGUGUCCACUUUGCAAAGAUACCUUCGAAAACCGUCCAGAGCUCAGGGUCAACGUCGGCUUAAAAGACAUCACUGAGCAAUUUAAAAAGUCUGUGAAGGAUAAGCCAGCACACAAGCCAAUCCCGAAGAGACGAACCACAAGACAAACUUCCAGGUUUAAUGUUUCCUGCGACAUCUGCCAAGGAAACAAAGCCACAGCGAUCAAGUCGUGCCUCGUCUGCCAGGCAUCUUACUGUGACGCUCACCUGACGCCUCAUCUAAUGGAUCCAGUGAUGACGAAACACAGACUGAUGGAUCCCGCCACCUUCACCAUGAGCCACUUCUGCAGGAAUCACAACAAGCUCCUGGAGAUGUUCUGCAUGAAAGACCAAGUGCCCGUGUGUGUGAAAUGCACCGAGUGGGACCAUAAACACCACGACACCGUCCCUAUUGAGAAGGAGAGCAAGAGGAUGAAGACUCGGAUAAAGAAGACAGAAGCUGAGUUUCAAAAGAUGAUCCAGGCCAGAACCAGAAAGAUUGAGGAAAUUGAUAAUUCCACGGAGCUGAGCAGAGCAAAUAAAGAUGAAGAGAUACAGACCAGUGUUCAGGUCUUCACGAUGGUGAUCAGUGCCAUUGAGAGAAACCAGGCUCUGCUCAUCGAGGAGAUCGAGCAGAAGCAGGAGGCAGCUGAUAGGAGAGCAGAGGAGAGUCGCAAAGAGCUGGAGCAGGAAAUUAACGAACUGCAGAGGAGAUGCACUGAGCUGCAAUACCUGGAGAACACUGAUGACGCUCUUCAUCUCCUACAGAGUUUCCCCUCUCUGAGUGCUCCGCUGUCUACCAGGGACCGGUCCGAGGUCAGCGUCCACUCAGACAUCUACAUAGGGACAGUGAGGAGAGCUGUUUCCAAGCUGGUGGACGUCUGCCAUGAACUCGAGAAGAAAUUCUCUGCAGAAGAAGUGAUCAAGACGACUCAAUACGCAGUGGACGUAACUUUGGAUCCUGUGACUGCUGCAGGCUGGCUGUCUCUGUCCCCGGACGGAAAAAAGGUGAGCCUCAGCAGCCAGCCCAGGAAAAUCAUGCUCCCCGACGACCCCCGUAGGUUCGACUCCUGCGUCUCUGUCCUGGGGAAAAGAAGCUUCACCUCAGGGAGACACUACUGGGUGGUUCAGGUGGGAGAUAAAACAGACUGGGAUCUUGGUGUGGCAAGGGAGUCUAUUAAUAGAAAGGGGGCCAUCACGGUGCGUCCUGACAACGGCUACUGGGCGAUCUGCAGGCGUAAAGGAGGCAGUCUGAGCGCCUGCGCUGGGCCCUCCGUCACCCUCCACCUCCAGGAAACCCCUCAGAAAGUGGGCAUAUUCCUGGACUACGAGGAAGGAUCAGUGUCCUUCUACAACGCAGAAAAAAAGACUCACAUUUACACCUACAGCGGCUGCACCUUCACUGAGCCUCUCUACCCGUACUUUAACCCCUGUCUUCAUGACAACGGGAAGAACACCGCCCCGCUGGUUAUCUGCCCCGUGGAGGUUGAGUCCAUGUACAGUCUGCUGCGUCUGAUGAGGAUGAUCAGAGCACUCAACAUGUCAACCCAAACAGUCAGAAACGUGGCCUCUGUGACAUUUGAGGAGCAGUUCCGAUGCUGCAUCUGUCUGGACAUCUACACAGACCCCGUCUCCAUCCCAUGUGGACACAACUUCUGCCAGGACUGCAUCGAAGGCUUCUGGGAUACGAAGGACAAGUGUGAGUGUCCACUGUGCAAAGAGACAUUCAGAAACCGUCCAGAGCUCAGGAUCAACCACGGAUUUGCAGACAUCAUUGAAUUCUUCAAAAGGUCUCUGUCACCCACACUGAGACAUGAGGAGGAUGCUGGUGUUUGCACGAAACAAUUCCCAAACCAACUCUCCGACGCUGACAAUGUUCCCUGUGACAUCUGCCACGGGAACAAGUCGACAUCGGUCAAGUCGUGCCUCGUCUGCCAGGCGUCUUACUGUGACAUUCACCUCACUCCUCACCUGAGGGAUCCAACCCUGCAGAGGCACCGGCUGACGGAUCCGGCCACUUUCAACACCAGUCACCUCUGCAGAAACCACAACAAGCCGCUGACGUUGUUCUGCAAGAAAGACCAGACGCCUGUGUGUGUGAAAUGCACCGAGAGGGACCAUAAGAAACACGAGGUUGUCCCCAUGGAGAAGGCGAGCAAGAGGAUCAAGACUCGUCUGAGGACAACAAAGGCUGACAUUCAACAGAUGAUCCAGGCCAGGCUGAGAAAAAUGGAGGAGAUCAAAAAUUCAGUGGACCUCAGCAAAAAAAUCACAGAAAGAGAGAUUCAGGGCAGUUCUCAGGUCUGCACCAUGCUGAUAAGCGCCAUCCAGAGACGACAGGCCGGGCUGGUCGAGGAGCUCAAAGAGAGGCAGGAAGAAGCUGUUAGGAGGGCUGAGGAGCUGCUCGACGAGCUGGAGCAGGAAAUCAAUGAGCUGCAGACCAGGAACAGCGAGUUGCAGCACCUGGAGCUCACUGAGAACCCUCUUCACCUCCUACAGGGUUUCCCGUCUCUCAGCAGACUCCCAUCCACUAGAGAGUGGUCUGAGGUUGCAGUCCACUCCGAUAACUGCAUGGGGACAGUGAGGAGAGCCGUCUGUGAGCUGGCAGAUGUUUGUCAGGAAGUUGCUGACAAACUGUCUGAAGAAGAGGCAGACAAGAUGAAUCAAUAUGCAGUGGAUGUGACUCUGGAUCCUGAGACUGCUUCAGGCUGGCUGACCCUGUCUCCAGAUAGAAAGCAGGUGAGCCUCAGCUGCCAGAAGAAGAAGAACCCACUCGCAGAUAACCCUCAGCGGUUUGACUCCUGCGUCUGUGUUUUGGGGAAACAAAGCUUCACAUCUGGAAGACGCUACUGGGUGGUUCAGGUGGGAGAUAAAACAGACUGGGAUCUUGGUGUGGCAAGGGAGUCUAUUAAUAGAAAGGGGGCCAUCACGGUGCGUCCUGACAGCGGUUACUGGGCGAUCUGCAGGCGUAAAGGAGGCAGUCUGAGCGCCUGCGCUGGGCCCUCCGUCACCCUCCACCUCCAGGAAACCCCUCAGAAAGUGGGCAUAUUCCUGGACUACGAGGAAGGAUCAGUGUCCUUCUACGACGCAGAAAAAAAGACUCACAUUUACACCUACAGCGGCUGCACCUUCACUGAGCCUCUCCUCCCGUACUUUAACCCCUGUGUUCAGGACAGCGGGAAGAACACCACCCCGCUGGUUAUCUGUCCUGUGGAGGGAAGCAACAGCCAAAGACAGGACAUAAUCAUUGAGUCAGAUGUGUAAUGUGUCAUAAGAAAGGAUGAUGCUAACUAAUGUUUUGAAAGAAAACAGUGAUUUUAACAUUUUUUAACCUAUUUUGGUUGAUCAUUUAUUGUGUACAUAUAUGAGAAACGCUGACCUGUAACAGGCCAAAACCGUUUCUAAUAACACAUGACAAACAUGCUUUUACUGCCUGUAAGAUAUCAGAGCUGUUUGUUUUAUCAUUACCAGACUCAUGUGUAUAUAAAUGAAUAUUGAAUGUUUUAAAUAUUGUUGAAGGCACUGCCAAACUUGAAUCUAUGUGAAAUCCAUGUCCUAAACAGACGAAGUAAAACCUCAGAUACAAACAGUCAGACUGAAGAUAAAAGUCACAUUUUGAGAAAUAAAAACUGAAAUU